AUGGGUUCAGUAAGGACAAAGCGCGCUCUCAGAAUAGGAGUCGAUGUCGGCGGCACCAACACGGAUGCUGUACUGCUUGACCUAGACUGUGUUGAUCAGCCAGACCGCGGGGUCUUGGCCUUUCAUAAAACACCGACGACGAGUCCCAAUGUGACAGACGGGAUUGAAACGGCGGUAGGGAAUGUUCUCGGCCAGGCAGGAGACUGUGUUUCUGAAAUCAGCUGCCUUAUUGUGGGCACAACGCACUUCCUCAACGCUGUCAUUGAACGCGACAGCCACCGACUAUCAAAGGUUGCUGUGGUUCGACUGUCGAAGAGCUUUACAAAGGACAUCCCGCCCUUUUCGGACUUUCCACCUGCAUUAUCCAACAUUCUCCACGGCUACCAUGCUUUCAUUGAUGGCGGUCUUCACAUCGACGGCUCUCAGGAAGCUCCAGUCAACAAAGAGCAAAUCUUGAGGGAGUGUGAGGAGAUCGAAAAACGGGGCAUCAAGGCCGUCGUUAUCUCGGGCAUAUUUUCUCCUAUCGACCAACAUUUCCACCAAGAGCAGUUUGUUCGUCGGAUUAUGCAAGAACGGCUACCAGAUGUAGACAUCGUCUGCUCUUCUGAAGUCUCAAACAUUGGUUUGUUGGAAAGAGAAAAUGCAUCCAUACUGAAUGCGUCAAUCAUGAAAUUUGCUCGACGCACUAUCCGAGGAUUCCGCGCUGCCAUGAGACGUUUGGGCCUCGACUGCACCCUUUUUAUUUCUCAAAAUGACGGCACAGUUAUCGAUGCCCAUCUAGCCGCAAAGCUACCCAUCAAGACAUUCUCUUCGGGUCCAACAAAUUCCAUGCGAGGUGCCGCGUAUCUUGGUCUUGGGAGAACGGGAACGGCAGGGGAAACGCACACAUCGACAAUCGUAGUUGACGUUGGUGGCACGACGACGGACUGUGGUGUUCUUUUGCCAUCAGGGUUUCCUCGCGCGGCUGCGGCCUACGUCAAUGUGGCAGGAGUGACGAUGAACUUCAGCAUGCCCCACUUAGAAUCCAUCGGCCUGGGAGGAGGAUCGAUAAUUCGUGACCGUGGGAAUGAUGUAUCGAUAGGACCAGACUCGGUUGGGUACCAGUUAACUGAACAGUCGAAGGUUUUUGGCGGCAGCAUCUUAACAACAACCGAUGUCGCGGCCGCUGGAGGUCUGGAGAUCGGAGAUAGACGUUUGGUCGACCAUAUCACGACUGAAACAAUUCAGAAGGUUCAGGCUAAGACGAAGAAGAUGCUUGAACGAGUUAUCGACCGACUGAAGCUCACUCCCGCGCCAUUGCCAGUUCUUCUCGUUGGCGGAGGCUCUGUCGUAUGCCCACUCGAACUCGACGGUGUUUCUCAAGUGGUGGUCCCAAGGUUUCAUUCGGUGGCCAAUGCUGUCGGAGCGGCAAUCUCCAGGGUCUGCGGUUCAGUCGAUGCGAUCUAUAACAUUGCAGAUGUGCCCUUGUCAGAGGUUUUGGAAGAUGCAAAGUCCCAAGCUCUUGCUAAUGCGGUCGGGGCCGGGGCAGACCCAAGAAAUUUGACUGUGGUUGAACUUGACACUCUUCCGAUACCAUACGUAUCAGGGCAAAUUCGGGUCAUCGCUAAAGCUGUUGGAGAUCUCUCUCUGGAUUACGUUGCCGACAGCAAAGUUCGCUCCGAAGCGGAAGCUGAGGUGGAUGAAGCGCUUGCAGAGGAGACGAAAGAUGUGCAUCUCUCUAGGAAAGAGGAGAGCGGUAACGCCAAAUUCGAUUUCGAUGCUUAUCGCCCUCUAGUCAAACGGAACGAGAAGUCCGGGGUUCCGGAAUGGUUCGUCUCGGAGACCGAUCUCGAGUGGCUAAGCAUUGGAUGCUACAUUUUGGGAUGCGCUGGUGGUGGUUCGCCCAAAUCGGAAUUCCUCAAGCUUCGAGAUCAGCUCCGUGGAGGUUCCUCGGUUCGAAUUAUUGAUAGUUCGUCCCUGCGAGACGAUGCCACGAUCUAUUGGGGUGGAAUGAUGGGUUCGCCAGCAGUGUCAAUCGAGAGACUGAAUUCGUCAGAAUGUAUAACUGCUGUAGCAGAUCUGAUGGAAUAUCUGGGGCACAAAUCGUUCGAUGCCAUCAUGGGUCUGGAAAUUGGAGGUGCCAAUGGGCUCGAGCCUCUGCUGAUUGGAUCCUCGCACGCAUUCGACCGACCCGUCAUUGAUGCAGACUGGAUGGGUCGAGCCUAUCCGACCUAUUGGCAAACAACCAUUGCUGUCCAUGAAAGCGGACAGCUCACUCCAUGCGCAAUUGCUUCAGGUGACGGCAAAACCAUCAUCAUGACGAAGUCUCCGGACGAUGAGAUAGUGGAUCGCGCACUGCGAGCAUCCUGCUCAGAGAUGGGAUCCAGGGUCGGCAUGGCAGCUAGGCCAACAACAACGGAUCGUGUGAGAUCGUUUGGGGUUAUCAAUACUCUGUCUCUAUCCUGGCGCAUUGGUAGGACAGUUGCACGGGCUCAGCAAGAAAGCACCAUUCAUACUGUUGCCGAACAGAUCAUUGACGAGGUUGGCGGGCCAACAACAGCAAAAAUCUUAUUUCGAGGCAAGAUAACUGCAGUGGAGCGAAGGAUCUACAAAGGACAUUCCUACGGAGAGAUCACCAUCAGUCAAACCGACAAGGAUGAGGAGGAACAGGGCCACGAAAGGCCCGCGGUGGCCCAAGGCGGCGUCGUCAAGAUUCCGUUCAAGAAUGAAAACAUCUAUGCAAAACACAUCGCCGUCGAUGGAUCAGAGACGUACCUCGCGACGGUGCCUGACUUAAUAUCUGUCCUGGACACGCAGUCCGGCUGUGCCCUCGGCGUUCCGGAAUUUCGAUAUGGUCUAUUGGUGACGGUGCUGGGAAUAACGUGCUCGCCGCGCUGGUCCGACACGAAGAGAGGCAUGGAGUACGGGGGCCCUGAAGCGUUCGGAUACAAGAUCGAUUACAAACCUUUGGGGGUAUUUGUCGAGCCUAAGAGUGUCGUUCUUGAAUAUGCCGACGCCACUGCCUAG